AUGACUGUGGCGCUGCGGUGCACCGCGGACCAGCGACCCUCCACAGGUAUGAUCCGGCGCGUCAACGGAGGCCGGAAGAACAGCGGACUCAGGCAUAUGGUGCGCUUCAUGCGGAGCGCCUGCGCCCCUCCGUUGCAUGGGUUUCUCACAGGCACUUGCUGCAGGGAUCUUGCUGAUGUUCUCAAAGCCAGAGAGAGCCUGACAGAGCUGGACCUGGGUUAUAAUGAUCUGGGCAAUGCAGGAGUACGGCUGCUGUGUGAGGGACUAAAACACCCGACCUGCAAACUGCAGAAACUGGACUUGUGGGAUUGUGAGCUCACAGACGCUUGCUGUGGGGAUCUCGCCAAUGUUCUCAGCACCAACCAGAGCCUGACAGAGCUGAAGUUGUGUGCAAAUUCUCUGGGCAAUGCUGGAGUGCGGCUGCUGUGCAAGCGACUGACACACCCAAACUGUAAACUGCAGCGACUGGGGUUGCGGGAUUGUGAGCUCACAGGCACUUGCUGUGGGGAUCUCGCCGCUGUUCUCAGCACCAGCCAGAGCCUGAGAGAGCUGAAGCUGAGCGGUAAUAAUCUGGGCGAUGCUGGAAUGCUGCUGCUGUGCGAGGGACUAAACCACCCCAACUGCAAACUGGAGAAACUGGACUUGCGGGAUUGUGAGCUCACAAGUGCUUGCUGCGGGGAUCUCGCCGAUGUUCUCAGAGCCAGCCGGACCCUGACAGAGCUGAAGCUGAAUGGUAAUAAUCUGGGCAAUGCUGGAGUGCUGCUACUGUGCGAGGGACUGAAACACCCGAACUGCAAACUGUGGAGACUGGACUUGAGUUCUUGUUUUCUCACAGACACUUGCUGUGGGGAUCUUGCCACUGUUCUCAGAACGAACCAGAGCCUGACAGAGCUGGAUCUAGGUUAUAAUAAUCUGGGAGAUGCCGGUGUGAAGCUGCUGUGUGAGGGACUGAAACAAAACUGCAAAUUACAGAGUCUGAACUUGAGUUCUUGUUUUCUCACAGACACUUGCUGUGGGGAUCUUGCCACUGUUCUCAGAACGAACCAGAGCCUGACAGAGCUGGAUCUAGGUUAUAAUAAUCUGGGAGAUGCCGGUGUGAAGCUGCUGUGUGAGGGACUGAAACAAAACUGCAAAUUACAGAGUCUGAACUUGCGGAAAUCCUCUACGUGGGGGUGCGGUGUCACAGCUGCUGGCUGUGGAGAUCUCGCCGCUUUUCUCAAAACCAGACAGAACCUGACAAAGCUGUACCUGGAUAAUAAUGUUUCUCUGGGAGAUUCUGGAGUGCAGCUGCUGUGUGAGGGGCUGACACACCCAAACUGUAAAUUAGAGACUCUGGUGCUUCACUAUUGUGGUCUCACAGCUGCAUGUUGUGAGGAUCUCUCCUCUGUUCUCAGCACCAGCCAGACCCUGACAUUCCUAGGUUUAGGGGCGAACAGUCUGGAGGAUUUAGGAAUGCAGCGGCUGUGUGAGGGGCUGAAACAUCCAAACUGCAAACUACACACACUAGGAGUGGACUUCCACCAUCUAACUCCAGUAAUGCAGGCAGACCUGUAUGCAGUGAAAAAGAUAAAACCUGAUUUGAUCAUAACGAUGCAGCCGGAGGAAUGAGUGGGAGCCUGUGCACCAACACAGCUCUGGCCUGGCCGCCCUGCCACUAGCUGGCUCAGCAGCCAGGGAAAGGUGAAGACCUGGCUCACUUACUAUAGAUCCCACCAUCCCCAGGGACUCCAGCAUCAUAUUUCAGCAUCAGUGGCAGGGAGUUAAGUAGAGAUUCUCAGGCCCAACCCUCCUGUCUGAGGCAAGAAACUCAGAAGUAGAAGCUGGAUUUGCUCCAUGCUUGGUCUGACCUUAGAUGGGGGAGUUGAUUUGCAGGAUGGAGCAGGAGGAAGGAAGGGGGGCAGUGAAGGGGGCUGACCCAAGAACCAUCCUUGGAGCCAGUGGAUUCUGUUCCAAUAGCUCAGUCAUUAUUUGUUGUAUGUUUCUUCUCCUACCCAUCCCCCUCCCACAAUUUCACACAAUUCCCUGGCCAUUAAAGUCAACAUUCUGUGUCCAUCUACAGCAUUUGUUUAUGCCAGAUGGAUGUUUCUAUGUCAGUUUUGCUAGUGUCCAAUAAAGAUCAUGAA